UCGGUGCUAGCUCCGGGGCUGCCGCUAACGGCCACAGCAGACCGAGCCGCCGCCGCCGCUCCUGUCGGUAUGAGACCCGGUGACCGCACCAUGAGCUCCCUCGUCCAGAGAAUAGCCCGGCAGGCUUUGGUCACGUUCCGGAGCCCGGAGCCCGGGAAGUCUUUCGUGGAGAACCACGGCAAACUGAAGAGCCUGAUGACGGAAGUGCGCGCGGCGGACCUGAAGCUGGUCCCGCGCAGAGCAGACGACAGCCCGGCCGGCGGAGCCCCCCCCCCGCACCGGCACCGCGGCGCCCCCCCGGUCACCUACAUGCACAUCUGCGAGACGGACCACUUCAGCAUGGGGGUGUUCCUGCUGAAGAGCGGAGCCUCCAUCCCGCUGCACGACCACCCGGGCAUGCACGGGGUCCUCAAAGUCCUGUACGGAACCGUCCGGAUCAGCUGCUUCGACCGCCCGGACCCUCCGCCCGCCGCGCCGCCCUCGGCCCACCCCGGCGCGCUGCGGCGGUCGGUGCUCCGCUCCACCGGGGAGUACACGGAGGACAGCGGCCCCUGCGUCCUGUCCCCGGACCGGGACAACCUGCACCAGAUCGACGCCGUGGACGGACCCACGGCGUUCAUGGACAUCCUGGCCCCCCCGUACGACCCGGACGACGGCAGGGACUGUCACUACUACCGGGUUCUGACGGAGGCGGAGGCCGAACCGGACCGCACGGAGCGCACGGACCAGGAGGUCUGGCUCAUGGAGAUCUCACAGCCCGCAGAGUUCUGGUGCGGAGGGGAGCCGUACCCGGGCCCGGAGGUCUGCCUCUGACCCGGGCCCGGAGGUCUGCCUCUGACCCGGGCCCGGAGGUCUGCCUCUGACCCGGGCCCGGAGGUCUGCCUCUGACCCGGGGCACGGACCGCAGGUCCACCUGGGGCCGGGCUGGUUUACGCAUGCGCUCAAAGCUGAUGUGUUGGACCGCUGUUGGACCAACUGGGCCAGAGGUUCGGUCUGCUGAACUAAUAACCCGUUUAUGAGUCCAGAGGCAGAACCCAGGUCCAGCUCUGCUGGUAUUUGGACUCAGUUCUGUGUUUGGAGUCUACUGUAGUGUUCCACCUCAUCCUCCACUGAAGUGACCCGGUCCUACCUGCUGGUCCUACCGGCUGGUUCUACCUGCUGGACCUACCUGCUGGUCCUACCUGCUGGUUCCACCUGCUGGUUCUACCUGCUGGUUCUACCUGCUGGUCCUACCUGCUGGUUCUACCUGCCGGUCCUACCUGCCGGUACUACCUGCCGGUCCUACCUGCUGGUUCCACCUGCUGGUCCUACCUGCUGGUUCCACCUGCUGGUUCUACCUGCUGGUUCUACCUGCUGGUCCUACCUGCUGGUUCUACCUGCCGGUCCUACCUGCCGGUUCUACCUGCCGGUCCUACCUGCUGGUUCCACCUGCUGGUCCUACCUGCUGGUUCUACCUGCUGGUUCUACCUGCUGGUCCUACCUGCUGGUUCUACCUGCUGGUCCUACCUGCUGGUCCUACCUGCUGGUUCUACCUGCUGGUUCCACCUGCUGGUCCUACCUGCUGGUUCUACCUGCUGGUCCUACCUGCUGGUUCUACCUGCUGGUUCCACCUGCUGGUCCUACCUGCUGGUUCUACCUGCUGGUCCUACCUGCUGGUCCUACCUGCUGGUUCUACCUGCUGGUUCCACCUGCUGGUCCUACCUGCUGGUUCUGGAGGCUGGGCUGUGCCCUGCAGAUCUGUGUGUUUGUUCCACAGGUGAAACAGAACAACUCCAGCUCCCGUUUCACUGUCAGCACUCUCUGCCGCCUCCAGGCGUCCACCAGUGUCUGUUUGGAUCAUGAUCCUCUUAGGUUUCUACAGGAGGUCAUUGUCAACAAUGACGGAAAUGGAGUCGUUUUUCUCACUAAAAGCGAACGUCGUGCAAAUUUAGGAUUGACUUUCCUCAAAAGUCCUUAGAUAUUUCAACUGUUCUGGAUUAACAAUCAAUUUUGUAUUUGAGUUGCGCCUUAAUCCUUAAACUGGACUUGAUCUGUGGUCUGUUUGUGAUCAAUCGUCUGAAUUCCCUAAAACACUUCUCUAAUUUAGUUUCUAUAAAAUUCUGAAGUGACAAAGAAAAUAUGAUUGAACUUUGACAUGUUUUCUGAUUGACAGCUGACACAGGGUCAAAGGGCGUGGCUCCACGUCAGAGGCCUGUGUUCUGUUGAGGUUCCGUACAGAACCAAAGUAGGUCCAGAGAUUUCAUUCACAGAGUUCUUUAACUGAAAAACUCAUAAGUCUAAGAAUGUCUGCUGUGGAAAAGCUCUGCUGGCAUUAGUGUCAUUACUGUGGUUUUGCUCUUUUACAUUUCACUACAUAUUUUAGAAUUUCCCAAACCACGUUGUUGUGUUGGGUUUACAGGGCUGAAGCUAAAGUAGAGACUGAAACAAGAAAUGGACUCUAAAUAAGAUAAAUAUUAUGUUUCAUGGCAGAUCAUGAAAAGAGAUGCAGUGCAGGGUGCUCAUGCUGCGUUCGAGAGACGUCAGGAAUUUGUUGCCAAAGCAGAACAUAAAGGUUCAGUAUAUAAAUGAAAACUGUGGUUUAAGUGGGAAUAGAACCGUCUAACAGAUGAGCUGUACAUACGGUCAGUGACUGCAUGGGCUGUCAGCCCUAACCCUCAGCUUCAUUACAAGACAUUUGAACUGUU